AGUCACCGACCUCAUCUCCCAGCCUAGGAUCACAAUUCACAAUCCGGUCUCCUUUUCUUGACUCAUCACCUCGCAACCGCUACGUUGAUCAAUCCAUCGCUUCCCAUCCUUCUCGCGUCUUGCCUUGAAUUGCAUUGCUGCAAAACUCAUGGAGUGCACCGACAUCCUGAUCGCCGCGGGGCGUCGCUCCGUGUCGCCGUCGUGGCAGCCGGCGAGGCAAUGGCGCAAGGCUCUCAACGUCAUCCGGACGUGCCACAGGCUUGCUCGACUCGGCAUUCUCUCCGCCGGCGUCCUCCCACGGAGCACCUCCUACGUCGCCAUCAAGAUCCACCACGACGGCGACUCCGAUGCUGAUGCCGACACGUGCGGCGCGGGAUUCUCGGUCGCCGCUGACGACGACUCCUUCAAGGCCCUGGUCAAGGAGAAGCGCGACCACUGCUUCCGCCGCCUCGGCGGGGGCGCCGGCAUUGCCGCAGCGCUGGCGUCGGACGCGGAGCGCGGCAUCCGCGGGGACGACGGCGACGUGCGCCGCCGCAGGGAGGCGUUCGGCGGCAACACGUACCCGAAGCCCAGGCCCAAGAGCUUCUUCAGCCACGUCUGGGACGCGCUCAGCGACGUCUUCCUCAUCGUGCUCCUCGUCUGCGCCGUCGUCUCCCUCGGCUUCGGCAUUAAGGAGCACGGCCUCAAGGACGGCUGGUACGACGGCAUCAGCAUCUUCCUCGCGGUGUUCCUCGUCGCCGCGGUCUCCGCCGUCAGCAACCACAACCAGGCCAAGCGGUUCGAGAAGCUGGCCAGCGAGUCCGACAACAUCGCCGUCACCGUCGUCCGCGCGGCCCGGAGGCAGGAGGUCUCCAUAUUCGAAAUCGUCGUCGGGGAUGUUGUCAUACUCAAGAUUGGCGAUUCCGGGCCGGCGGACGGGGUAUUCCUUGAAGGGCAUGGCCUGCAGGUGGACGAGUCCAGCAUGACCGGCGAGCCCCAUCCGAUUGAGAUCGACGCCGAGAAAAGCCCCUUCCUCACCGCCGGCGUUAAGAUCAUCGACGGCUAUGGACGGAUGCUCGUUACCGCCGUCGGCAUCGACACCUUGUGGGGCGAGAUGAUGAGCAGCAUCACCAAGGAGACCACCGAGCCGACGCCGCUCCAGGAGCGCCUCCAGGGCCUCACCUCGAGCAUCGGCAAGAUCGGUGUCGCCGUUGCGGUGCUCGUCUUCACCGUGCUCACCGCGCGCCACUUCACAGGCAGCACAAAGGACGACCAGGGGAAGCCGCUCUUCGACAAGGGUCAUGUCACCUUCGACGCCAUCUUCAGCGCGCUUGUGACUAUAUUCCAGCAGGCCGUAACCAUCAUCGUCGUCGCCAUCCCAGAAGGCCUCCCGCUUGCGGUCACGCUCACGCUCGCAUUUUCCAUGAAGAGGAUGGUAAAGGAGAACGCGCUGGUGCGCCGCCUAUCAGCGUGCGAGACGAUGGGUUCCGUCACGGCCAUCUGCACUGACAAGACUGGAACGCUCACUCUGAACCAGAUGAAGGUGACCGAGUUCUGGGUCGGCACGGAGCAGCCUAGAGCCACCACGGCUAUCGCAGGGAGCGUUAUGAGCCUACUCUGCCAGGGAGCUGGGAUCAACACCACCGGAAGCGUGUACAAACCAAACAACGUGUCGCCGCCGGAAAUAUCGGGCAGCCCUACGGAGAAGGCGCUGCUGUCCUGGGCCGUGGCGGACCUCGGCAUGGACGCCGACGCAUUGAAGAGGAGCUGCAAGGUGGUGCAUGUUGAGGCGUUCAACUCCGACAAGAAGCGCAGUGGCGUGAUGAUUAGAGACAACGCCACCGGUUCGGUGAUCGCGCACUGGAAAGGCGCCGCCGAGAUGGUCCUGGAGAACUGCUCAAUGUAUGUGGACACGGACGGAGCGGCGCGCGAGCUCGGCAUGGAGCAGAGGAAGAACCUCGAGAAGGUCAUCAACGACAUGGCGGUCGGCAGCCUCCGGUGUAUUGCAUUCGCCUACAAGCAAGUCAACAGCGAGCAAACAAAGAUUGACGACGAGGGGCUGACAUUGCUGGGCUUCGUCGGCUUGAAAGACCCGUGUCGGCCAGAGGUCAAAGCGGCCAUUGCAGCUUGCACGAAGGCCGGCGUCGCCGUCAAGAUGGUCACCGGAGACAGCAUCCUCACAGCGCGCGCGAUCGCAAAGGAGUGCGGCAUCAUAUCCAGCAACGACCCCAACGGCAUCGUCAUCGAGGGGCACGAGUUCCGCGCCAUGUCGCCGGAGCAGCAGCUCGAGGUCGCAGACAACAUCCGCGUCAUGGCUCGGUCCCUGCCGCUGGACAAGCUGGUGCUGGUGCAGCGGCUGAAGCAGAAGGGCCACGUGGUUGCCGUGACUGGCGAUGGCACCAACGACGCGCCGGCACUCAAGGAGGCCGAUGUCGGGUUGUCCAUGGGCGUCCAGGGCACCGAAGUGGCCAAGGAGAGCUCCGACAUCAUCAUCCUCAACGACAACUUCGACACGGUGGUGACGGCCACACGGUGGGGACGAUGCGUCUACAACAACAUCCAGAAGUUCAUCCAGUUCCAGCUCACCGUCAAUGUCGCCGCGCUGGUCAUCAACUUCGUGUCGGCGAUCACCACGGGCAAGAUGCCACUGACCACCGUGCAGCUCCUGUGGGUGAACCUGAUCAUGGACACGAUGGGCGCGCUAGCGCUGGCCACAGACACGCCCACCAAGACGCUCAUGGACCGUCCACCCAUUGGCCGCACCGCGCCGCUCAUCAGCAAUGCAAUGUGGCGCAACCUCAUGGCGCAGGCGGCGUUCCAGAUCGCCGUGCUGCUGGCGCUUCAGUACCGAGGCCGGGACGUCUUCGGCACCGACGACAAGGCCAACGGCACCAUGAUCUUCAACGCCUUCGUCCUCUGCCAGGUGUUCAACGAGUUCAACGCGCGGGAGAUCGAGAAGAAGAACGUCUUCGCCGGGGUGCUCAAGAACAGGAUGUUCCUAGUCAUCAUCGCCGUCACGCUCGUCCUGCAGGUGGUCAUGGUGGAGGUGCUCACGAGGUUCGCCGGCACCAAGAGGCUGGGAUUGGGGCAGUGGGGCGUCUGCCUCGCCAUCGCCGCCGUGUCGUGGCCCAUCGGCUGGGCCGUCAAGUUCAUCCCCGUGCCGGACCGGACUCUCCAUCAGAUCUUGACACGCCGGAAAUCGUCAUAACUGAUAGUACUGCAUUGUUUCAUAGUAUUUCGCAUACACUAGGGUCCAAUUCUUUCAUACUAGUGUACAUUGUUUUAAACAUCAUCCGUCGAAUCUUAUGUAAUUAGUAAAUAUACGUCUUUUAUUCAGAGUA